CUCCGCUCUCCACCGCAUUCUCCAUCUCCAAGUCUCUUUCUCUUCCCCAAAUCCCAUCUCCCUACAACACUCUCUCAUCUAACUAGAGGAAAUCCCGAAAUGGCCUCCCCCCUAGCGCGCCAUCUGGCCUCGCAAUCCGUCCACCUAACCAUCCACCCUCCGCCGCAAUCCCUCUCCGAAAGCAAACGCGUGCUCUCCGCACUGCAGAAAUACGGCGAAGUAGUGACAUUCCGGAAUCUCAAGUACGACCAAACAAACACCAACCCCAGCGCCCCGCGCAACACCAUCGCGGUCUUCGAAUCCCCGCAAGCCGCGAAAUCAGCCAUCGCGAACUCCCCGCUCAGCAUACCUUUGCCUUCCCAUUCUUCCUCGUCCUUCGCUACAACAUCAACAUCAACAUCCCCCUCAACCUCAGCUUCAUCCUCGACCUCGACCCGCAGCAAAACCCUAACCUGCACCCUCCAACCCUCCCGCCACAACCACCUCUCCGCGCUCCACCGCAACCCAUGCUACGGCAGCUUCAGCAUCGAGAAAGAAAGCUACCAGGCGACGGAUCUGCGCAAGACGGGGAUCCCGGUGGCUGAGCUGGCGGAUGUGCCGGUGCGGUGGAAGUUGGCGUCGGGGAGGGGGAGAGGACAUACUCUUUCUGCUGGUGGUGCUGAUGUAGGGGAACGGGGCAGGGGGAAGAAGAAAGGGAUGGGUGGGUUGUCGUUGCAGGAGAUGUAUAAUUCUUCUCUUUCUUCUUCUUCUUCUGGGGAUUGGUCUGGGGAUGGGGUAAGGGAGGAUUGAGUUUUAUUUGAGUUUCUUUUUUCUGUGGGUUUGGAAAGAUGGUUUAUUGCGUGGCGUUAUGGUUAUGGGUGCAUGGUAAGGAUAGG